CUUUGAGAAUAGUGUGUGAUCUGUCCCUUCUUCAAUCUGCUCUUUUGCAUGAAAGAUUUCGAGCGGUGUCUGCGUAGUCCCACGCGGAAAGCGAUGUGGCACCGGCCGCCGUGAUGUCAUGACGAUAUUUGCGUAACUCCGCUGCUAAAUCCGCCGUCCUUGCACAACGAGAAACGAUCCCAAACAUAAAAGAGGACCUCCAACUCAUCCCAUUGACAAGUGAAAACACACCCAUCUCACACCAUCGAAGAUACCUACCAUUCCUCUAAAGCUAUGGCCGACCAAGUCAAGUACACGCAAAAGCUGAAGGGCAAGAAGGUGUUGGUGAUUGGCGGAUCAUCAGGCAUCGGCUUCAGCGUAGCAGAAGCACUGGUGGAGAAUGGCGUGACUGUGAUCGUCUCAUCGUCCAAUCCUUCUCGCGUCGAGCAGACCGUUGCCAAACUCCAAAAGGCGUAUCCAUCGUCUGCAUCCCGUGUGUCAGGGCACGCAUGCAACCUCGGCGACGAGGAGAAGCUCGAGGCGAAUAUCGUGGAGCUGUUGGAGAAGACGGGCAAGUGCGAUCACAUUGUUCAUACGGCGGGAGAUUCGUUGGCGCAGAUGCCUUUGGCGGAGAUCGACCUCUCUAAGAUCAAGCAGGCAGGCAUGGUGCGCUUCUUCUCCACCCUGCUACUGGGCAAGCACGCGCCCAAGUACCUCACCGGCGGGCGCGAGUCCAGCAUCAUCCUGACGACCGGCGGCGUAAGUGAACGCCCCAUCCCGGACUGGGUGGUGGUGAACGGGUACGCCACCGGGCUGCACGGAGUGUGCAGGGGCCUAGCACUGGAUCUGAAGCCCAUCCGCGUCAACCUUGUGUCGCCUGGCGCGGUGAAUACGGAGUUGUGGGCGAAUGCGGGCAUGUCGGCGGAGCAGGCGAAGGGCAUGUUUCAGGCAUUUGAAAGCAAGAUGCCAACGGGCAAGGUUCCCGGGCCGGAAGAUCUGGCGGAGGCGUAUCUGUAUUUGAUGAAGGAUAACAAUAUCACGGGGACGGUAAUUUCGAGCAACGGUGGGCAUUAUUUGGUCUAGUUGGAGGUGAUUCGACUUUCUUUCGAGAUAUAGCAUGGCAAGGCUGUGUAUACGGGAUGGAUGCAACGUCUCACUGUAGCUACUCCAAGUUGGAAUUGAGUAUGCUGAAGUUAUCUUCAUAAAUGUACAGAUUGAUUGACAUACAUCUGAUUG